UUUUUUAACAGCACAAUAAAUCUAAAUAAUUUAAUUUGUAUAUAUAAGUGUAUGUUUUACAUUUUUAAAAAUGUUUUUACCGGAAGUUAAUUUGGUUAACCGGAAGUAGUCGCUCAGACUGAGGAGGCAAAACAAAAAUGGGAGUAACAUGUGUGUGUCAAGUUCCCGUGGCGGAGGGCAAGAGUGUGCAGCAGACGGUGGACAUGCUGCACAAAAAGCUGGAGCAGCUUGGUUCUGUGAAACAGGGAAGCUUCUGCGUGGAUUGUGAGACGUACCACGCCACGGGGAACGUUGGCGGUCAGCCCUCCAAGCUCCUAUACGUGAUGCAUAACUCUGAAACCCCCCUGAGCUGCAUGUCCCUGUUCGAAGGAGGACCCUGCUUAGUAGCUGACGCUAACUUUGACGCCCUCAUGUCGAAGCUCAAAAGUCAUUUCCAGAAUGCUAAAGGACACAAGGUUGAGAGUCGAGGUUCCCGCUAUCGAUACUGCGACUUCUUGAUAAAGGUCGGCACGGUGACGAUGAGCUCCAGUGCCAGAGGGAUUUCAGUGGAGGUGGAGUACUGCCCUUGUGUGGUUCCUGGAGACUGUUGGAACCUCAUGAAGGAGUUCAUGCAGUCUUUUCUGGGCACCAGCGUUCCUGAACUUCCCUCUGUGUUUGCUGCUAAACCUGAAGGGCUUUUUGCAGCAGCAGACUGUGUUGACACCAUGACUCAGUACUUAGAGUUGUUCAACAAACUUCGUAAACUCCAAAUACCAGGGAGUAAUGUACGUUAAAAACAUUUUUUGUAUCAUUUUUUUGUUUUUGUUUUGUAACAAAUAGUUGAUUAUGUUAUUCUGAAACUUUUUUAAACUAACUUUUGAAACAUUUACUUUGGGAACUUAGUUAAAAAGCUUUGCAAUAAAGAAACCAAGUGGACCUAA